CGAKGGAAAAAGCGCCAUUUUUACGCAAAUCAUUUACUUUUUAGCAACGAUUUUCGAGUUUGGAGUGAGUUUUUCCCGUCCUUUUUUAAAUUUUCGCCGUUUAGAAUGCCUCACGUAGACCACAGUAUCAAGCUUGACUUCAAGGAUGUUUUAAUCAAGCCGAAACGUAGUACAAUCCGAAGCAGAGCUGAUGUGGAUCUAUCCAGGCAUUUUACAUUCAGGUAUGCCAAGAAAAAGUUCCCGGAUGAUAUAAUUCCUAUAAUUGCUGCCAAUAUGGAUACUAUUGGGACAUUUGAACUUGCCGAGGCUGUGUCCCAGCACAAAAUGUUGACUGCUAUACACAAGCAUUACCCUAUUGAGGCAUGGAAGGAGUUUGGUAAAAAUAACCCUGAAGUAUUACCAUAUGUCAUUGCCAGUUCUGGAAUGAUGGAUAAAGACAUUGAUAAACUCAAGCAAAUAAUGGAGGCCUGCCCAACAGUUCCAGCCAUCUGCCUUGAUGUUGCCAAUGGUUAUUCUGAGCACUUUGUGGAGUUUGUCAAGUCGGUCAGACAACAAUUCCCUGAACAUGUUAUCAUUGCUGGUAAUGUUGUUACUGGAGAGAUGGUUGAGCAGCUCAUUCUUUCUGGUGCAGAUAUCGUCAAGGUUGGAAUUGGACCAGGAUCUGUAUGUACUACCCGCCAGCAGACAGGGGUGGGGUAUCCUCAGCUAAGUGCUGUACUUGAAACUGGUGAUGCAGCCCAUGGACUGAAAGGUCAUAUCAUAUCUGAUGGUGGUUGCACUUGCCCUGGAGAUGUUGCUAAGGCAUUUGGUGCUGGUGCAGAUUUUGUCAUGAUGGGGGGAAUGCUGGCAGGACAUGACCAAUCUGGGGGUGAGCUAAUAGAGAGAGAUGGCAAGAAAUACAAGAUAUUCUAUGGAAUGAGCUCAUGUACAGCCAUGAAAAAGCAUGUUGGAGGAGUGGCAGAGUACAGGUCAUCUGAGGGUAAGACGGUAGAGGUGCCAUAUCGUGGAAACGUGCAUGAUACUGCACGCGAUAUACUGGGUGGGGUUCGCUCUACUUGUACCUAUGUUGGUGCCGUGAAACUGAAGGAAUUGCCCAGAAGAACCACUUUUAUUAGGGUUACAAUGCAGCUGAAUCAGAUAUUUUCUUGAUCCAAACUGAAUUAUAAGGUAAUGGUGUAGGUACUCGAGAUGUAAAUGGUUUGUAUGGUUUUCUUCAUAUCACACAAAAAUGAUAUUACGAACAAAAUUUAUUUUUAAUGGUAUGCUCUAAAUUUAUGUGGUAAGAUGUUAUUUCAUCUAAAAAGUUUGACUAGGUAAAUAUUUUUCCAUUGUAUUUAUAAAACUUAUUUUUAUCUUCUUAAUGAAAAUGGCAGGCAAAUACUUACAGCAUAAACUCAUUCAUUUGGCUUUUGGGUUAAGAUGUUAUGUUUUACUGCAAUUUUUCAUAAACUUGCAAACUGGGUAGUUGCAAGCUGCAUGCUGAAAUUUGGUUUUUCUGUAAAUGUGAUUUUCAUGUUAAAGUUUAGUUUUUCAAUGCCGCCAGUCAAAAAUAUAAAAGGUACCGACUGCUUAGUUUUGAUUGACAGCAGCAAAAUUCUAAAAAUAAAUUCCAACAGGCAUUGAAAUGGCAACUCCAGAGUUUCCAUAUUUUUGAAAAUAACAGAGUGCAAAUAAUAUACCCGUGAAAUAGAUAGCUAGCUAACUAAUUACUAACCUUUGGUUGGCUAAAGUCUGAUUAGUUAAGAUAGGCGAGCCGUGACCGGUAAGCUAGUGCACGUGUGCUACUCAAAGGCACAAAUUUUUAAAUAUUUUUAAAAACGCUUACAAAAACUGAAACGGCAUUUUAUUGUACAUGCUUUUUCUUCGUUUAAUUUUACAUGUUCGCAUUUUCGUAUCUAUUCAUUUGCGUAUUGAGCUGUCACUCUAGUAAACGCCCGUGCCCUUGUCAUGCCUCACUGAAUUCCUAUGUCUUGUCUAAUUAAGCGCUAACUAUCUCCUAUUUCAUCCUAACUAUUUCAAGGGUAURUUAUUUGCACUCUAAUCUUAAAACAUUAAUUUUUUAAUGAUUUAAUCAAAAUAUGUGGUACAGAUAUCUUUGAUCAUUAAAACUUGGAAAAGUAACUUGCAAUAAAUAAUUAAACAAUUGACUAUGAUUUUGAAAAACAAAUGAAUAAUAUCGUACACAAUGUAUUUUUUGGUAUGAAUAUUAAAUCAUAAGGAAUGUA